ACAGACGGGCAACAGUCUCGCAAUUACUACAGCACCUAAAAGCAGCAGUAGGUCCUAUAAUCCAAAGCGCAGGUGGAAAAACUACCGUGCAACUACUUUGCCUUUUUGUCUUUGGUCUGGCAUGUUAGAUUCUCCUGAGUAGUUUUUUUUUUUGUUAUAUUUUAAUUUUUUGAAUCCCGUAGUGAGUAGCCCGGUGUCACGCAUGGCUCCCCGGGCGGUCUGGCUCCUGGUCGCGCUUUCCGGUGUCCUGCAUGUGCGCUCCUGCUGGGCUUAUGCCUGUCCGGCCAUCUGCCGCUGCAGCGCCGACACCUUUCAGUGCAGCAGAGACACUCAGCUGGCCUCUCGGGCCAGGGCAGCAUCCGUGCCUCGACUAAGGCUCAAUCAUCUGCCCUUGAAAGAAGUACCCACUCAUGCCUUCAAGGACCUGAUUAACAUUACAGUAAUAGAGAUCUCCCAGAGCAACUGCAUCGUGUGGAUAAAGAGACAUGCCUUCCUCUCCCUCCACCACCUGACUGAAAUUUCAGUGCAAAAUAUCAACAGUCUAAGGGUUAUUGAGAAAGGGGCCUUCACUGACCUGCCCAAGCUUGGAUAUUUGAGCAUCUCUAACACAGGGCUGAUACACUUCCCAGACUUCACAACUAUCUCUUCCCUGGUGCCAUUUAUUAUUCUAGAAAUGGCAGACAACAUGAGGAUUGACAUCAUUCCUGCCAAUUCUUUCCAGGGUAUCACAGAGGAGUAUGUUGACAUGAACCUGGUUAGAAAUGGCUUCAAGAAAAUAAAAUCUCACGCAUUUAAUGGAACCAAGAUCAACACACUGAUUUUGAGAGACAACAGAUAUCUCAGUGACAUUCAAGAAGACGCUUUUGAACAAGCCAUAGGUCCAAUUUCUCUGGAUGUUUCCUCCACAGCUGUGAGUUCCCUCCCCCCAAAAGGAUUGAGGCAGGUGAAAUAUCUGAAAGCCAGCUCUGCAUUUGCUCUGAAGACCCUCCCUCCACUGGAGAGCCUGGCGGAGCUGCUGGAUGCCCAACUCACAUACUCCAGCCACUGCUGUGCCUUCCACACAUGGCGUCUGAAACAAAGUGCCUUAAAGAACUUCUCAAAGUUCUGUGAUUUCAGCGAAACUGAAAUAGAGCCCACUGCAGAUGGCGUGAAUCCUAUCGAUGACAUAAACUUUCAGUACCCAGACCUGGAAUUUCUUUGUCGUAACAGCCCUUUCCUCAAGUGCACGCCAAUACCAGAUGAUUUUAACCCUUGUGAGGACCUGCUGGGGUUUUCCUUCCUGCGCUGUCUCACCUGGAUAAUUACGGUGUUUGCUGUGACUGGUAACCUGGCUGUUCUGGCUAUGUUGCUGAUUAGCCACCACAAGCUAACCAUCUCCAAAUUCCUCAUGUGUAACCUGGCCUUUGCUGACCUCUGCAUGGGGCUCUACCUGAUGCUUAUAGCCUUCAUGGACUACCUCUCCCGCCACCAGUACUACAACCACGCCACAAACUGGCAGACAGGGCUCGGAUGUGGCGUUGCAGGGUUUCUAACUGUGUUUGCCAGCGAGCUAUCAGUAUAUACACUGACUGUGAUUAGCCUUGAACGCUGGCACACCAUCACCAAUGCCAUGCAUGUCAACAAGAGGCUGCGGAUGCGCCACGUAGCAGCUAUAAUGGGGGCAGGCUGGGUCUUCUCUCUGCUGGUUGCCCUGCUCCCUCUUGUGGGGGUCAGCAGUUAUAGCAAAGUGAGCAUCUGCCUGCCGAUGGACAUCGACAGUCUGGCCUCGCAGGUUUAUGUCAUGGCUGUGCUUAUUCUCAACGUUGUCUCUUUCCUGGUGGUCUGCUACUGUUACAUAUGCAUAUAUCUGAGCGUUCGCAACCCAGAGCAUUCUACCCGUCAUGGAGACACCAAGAUUGCCAAGCGCAUGGCUGUGCUCAUUUUCACCGACUUCGUGUGCAUGGCCCCAAUCUCCUUCUUCGCCAUCUCCGCAGCCCUGUGUAUGCCCCUCAUAACCGUGUCUCACUCAAAGAUCCUGCUUAUCCUUUUUUAUCCCAUCAACUCCCUCUGCAAUCCUUUCUUGUACACACUCUUCACACGGGCUUUCAGGAAGGAUGCGUGGCUGCUGCUGAGUCGCUGCGGCUGCUGCCAUGCCAGUGCUGACUUGUACAGGUCACAGACUCUGGCUUCACACCUCAACGUGCCCAACAGAAACCCUCACUCACUUAGCUUCUAUGCCUAUCAUAUUAAGAUGAAGGAUUGCUUUCUAAACAAAGGAGCCACAUGAUCAUUUAUCGUGAGAAUUCUAUCAUGAACAUAAAGACAGCAUGUGCUGCUCAAAAUGUAGCGUUUCUUUAAACUUAAGUUCAGGGUGAAAAGAUUGUCAGUCUUGUACAUAGCCGGCGCUGAUCAUCA